CGUAGCAGAGGGGUCACCGGUUACUCUGGUGACGUGUAAGUAGCAAUGAUACCAGGAAGUGUGAACUAGGGAAGCAAAAUAGUUUUGGUAAAUUGAUUAUUUUCACUCGUUAUCAAGGAAUAUAAUUUAUUCUGUAGUGAAUAGGUGUAUACUCUAGCUGUGUAACAUAUUACCAGCCGUCUAGUUAGCUACCAUGGGACGACAUGGGGGCGUUGGUUUAGCGGUUUUCGUACUCGUGCUGGUCUUUUGCGAAGCAAGAAGACACAAACUCGCCCUAAAGAAUGACACUAGAUUUGUGGUUCAUCUCAACACCUUUGGUUUCUUUGCCGACGGAACUCUGGACGUCAACGUUCUCUCCCUGAGACUGCCUGAGGACAACAGCAAGCACCCUGUGGGAUUCAGUCUCUCCAAGUCACGUGUUAAUGGAGUGCUGUCCUACACAGCGGAGGAAACACAGGUGUGUCCGCUCAGCAAACAAAGCAGUGUUGAGCCCCUCUUCUUAUUCCUCAUUGACACCAACAACCUCAGAGUCAAUGUGAGGUCUUACGGAGACCAGGACAGCGUCUUGACCCAGCUGAAGACAGACAAGACACUCACUAAAGACUCAGGUUCCAGGAGAAGAAGAGCGGCUGUCAAUGACUCUGCGAACUGGAAAGAGACAGUACAGAAGAGUAAUGUGGAGGAAGAGAAGAAAGAGGGAACGAAGGAGGAAGAGGAGAAAGAUGCAGGGUUGAAAGAGGAGGGGACGAAGGAGGAAGAGAAGAAAGAGGGGACGAAGGAGGAAGAGAAGAAAGAGGGGACGAAGGAGGAAGAGAAGAAAGAGGGGACGAAGGAGGAAGAGAAGAAAGAGGGGACGACGGAGGAAGAGAAGCCAGAACCCAAGGAGGAAAAAGUAAAGCUGGAGUUGGACAAAAUGGAGACUAAAAAACCUACCAAGCAGGUGGGGCGGAUCAACGGGCUGACUCUGGAUGUGCAGAAAAUCAAUGGCUCCUACAGCUUCAGCUUCCACAUGGUGAUUGGCCAGUUGGAUGAGGGCCUGUACAACCUGGACUUCCACUACUGUGAUAACAUUCUGCCAGGCACCAACCACCCCUACACUCUCAACGUGGAGGUGACGGAGAAGAACCCAGGAGGUUACCUGUCAGCAGCAGAGAUCCCUCUCCCUCGUCUCUACAUCUUCAUGGCUGGAGUCUUCUUCAUUAUAGCCAUGGUCUGGGUUUACACACUGCUGAAGCACAGGUACAGUGUGUUUAAGAUCCACUGGCUGAUGGCAGCUCUGGCCUUCACCAAGUCCAUCUCCCUGGUCUUCCAUAGCAUCAACUACCACUUCAUCAACACGGAGGGACACCCCAUAGAAGGAUGGGCUGUCAUGUACUACAUUACCCACCUGUUGAAGGGGGCUCUGCUGUUCAUCACUCUGGCGUUGAUUGGUACUGGCUGGGCCUUCGUUAAAUACAUCCUGUCAGACAAGGAGAAGAAGAUCUUCAUGAUCGUCAUCCCUCUACAGGUUCUGGCCAACGUAGCCUACAUCAUAAUAGAGUCUACAGAGGAGGGCUCUAGUGAGUACGCCCUGUGGAAGGAGGUUCUGUUCCUGGUUGACCUCAUCUGCUGUGGAGCCAUCCUCUUUCCUGUUAUAUGGUCUAUUCGUCACCUACAAGAGGCUUCCAGCACUGAUGGAAAAGCUGCCAUGAACCUGGAGAAACUCAAACUAUUCAGACAUUACUACGUCAUGAUAGUGUGUUAUAUCUACUUCACGAGGAUCAUAGCCAUCCUGCUGAAGGUGACGGUGCCUUUCCAGUGGCAGUGGUGUUACGAGUUCCUAGUGGAGGUGUCUACUCUGGUCUUCUUCGUGUUGACGGGGUAUAAGUUCCGCCCGGCUUCCAACAACCCCUACCUCCAGCUGCCCCUGGAUGAGGAGGACGUGGAGAUGGAUGAAGUGUUGACGGAGUCCGGGAUGUUGGAGGGCAUCUCUAAAGUUAAGAAGACAUCUAAUGGUCGCGAGCGCCAGAAAGAGUCUACCUUGUGAGAGCGUGUGUGUUUGUGAAGAGGGGGGUGUUCUAAACACCCAUAACCCCUCAGCGUUGGAGAGAAACGGGGACUGAAAUGGACCAAGACACACCCUUUACCCCCCCCCCAAAAACAACACUCCUCCUUCCUCCUCGAUCUGAAACUGGGUGGCUGUUACUAAAGCAACCAUCGCCUCGCUAUGCAACAAGACAAACGACGACAGACUUUAGUUGUCGUUGGACCUUCUCGCUCUCGUUUAUCUGGAGACUUUCUGGAGGCUCUGCACCCCUGCCUGGUGUCUUAAUGGUUCAUUCCAGGGAGAGAACUCUUCCACCCCCCCUCAUCGAUGGAUGAAUAGAACGGUCUGGUCUGGGGUAGAAUGGACCUCUAAUGACCUCUCUCUCUCACACUCCCUUUCCCUCUCUCUCCUUUUCUUCUCUCUGGAGAACGGAGGAAGCGAGACUCCAAAGAUGAUCAUUUUCCAGAUGUGUGAUUGGUAUAUUUUAUAUCCAGAGUAUCUUGUUCUGUUUUAAUGUGACCCAACUGGCCCCCUGUUCCUGAUGUAGUGCACUACACAGGGUGUGGUUUGGAACCCUGUUCCUGAUGUAGUGCACUACACAGGGUGUGGUUUGGAACCCUGUUCCUGAUGUAGUGCACUACACAGGGUGUGGUUUGGAACCCUGUUCCUGAUGUAGUGCACUACACAGGGUGUGGUUUGGAACCCUGUUCCUGAUGUAGUGCACUACACAGGGUGUGUUUUGGAACGCUGUUCCUGAUGUAGUGCACUACACAGGGUGUGGUUUGGAACGCUGUUCCUGAUGUAGUGCACUACACAGGGUGUGGUUUGGAACCCUGUUCCUGAUGUAGUGCACUACACAGGGUGUGGUUUGGAACCCUGUUCCUGAUGUAGUGCACUACACAGGGUGUGGUUUGGAACCCUGUUCCUGAUGUAGUGCACUACACAGGGUGUGGUCAGGAACCCUGUUCCUGAUGUAGUGCACUACACAGGGUGUGGUACUUCUGUUGGACUACGUUGGCUGUAUGUGUGUUUUGGCUGCUUGAUGUGUGUUUUGGCUGCUUGAUGUGUGUUUUGGCUGCUUGAUGUGUGUUUUGGCUGCUUGAUGUGUGUUUUGGCUGUGUGUUUCUUCCAUUUGGAGAUGCAGUUUGAGACACCAGUCUGUCUGUAUCUGUCUGUCCGUAGAACAGGGGUUAUCCAACCUUCCUCUGUAGGAGCUGGUAUGGGUGCAGGCUUUUGCUCCGGCCCUGCAGUAAAACACCUGGUUGAACUAAUCACUUUUUAUAGUUGAUUAAUUAUAGUCAAGUCAAAUUCUAGUUAUCAAUAAAGAACAGCUGAUUCAACUGA